AUGACACUGCGCAAGGAGGCCACCCUCAGGGACAAGGUUGCUCGUGCGGCUACGGCUAACAUUGUUCUGGAGGGCAGAUCUUCCAUUUGA